AUGCAUAAUAGUUUAGAUUUUAAAGCAAUUAGUCAAUUUUUUAGAAAACAAGCACAUAAUUUAGAUAAAAUUUGGAAUCAAUAUAGCAAUCUAAAAGCAAUUCAAAUCUGUAAUCAUCUUAUUACUAGUGAUGAUAUAUAUAAUAUAUGGAAAGAAGUAAUUAAAGAAGAUCAAAUUUUGCAUAAAAUUGAAGAA